GACGAAGGUCGGUUUCCGCGAAUGCGGUCGACAGGUCCAAGUUCCCGUUCGACGAAGGUUGAGAGUUUCUCUUUGACGCUAUACGUUGUACAACGGAAGGCAGAUCGUGUGCCUUGGUAAGGAGAGAGAGAGAGAGAGAGAGAGGGAGGAAGAAUCCCAGCGAACCAAUAGGAACAAAAGUUGAAGACUAUAGAUAUUUUCGAAAGCCAAUGAUAAAACGUCUUAUAAAGUUAGAAACGUGUCGUAAUGAUAAGAGCUUUUUUUAUUGGUCGCCGAAAGACUACAGUACGUAUCGCAAACGAAAAUUGAGAAGUGAGCAACGCAGCGACGAGAGUACGAGUUAUACAAGGAAUGGAAUAGACUGGCUAACAAACAGGGAGACAUUUUGCGUUGUGUUCAGUUUUGUAUUUCGCUCGGAAUUUUUACGAAGUGUUUAAGUUAUUCGUGUAAAAAUUGGAAAAUAAGUAGCUAUUUAUUGAAGUUUCGAAACAUGAAAGACACGAGUUCACAUUCCAAACUCGUUAAAAGUAAACCAAAACACAACUCGUCGGAUUCUUCCGAGUCCAGCGACUCAGAAACCGAAACAGUGCCAGUAAUUAAAUAUAAGAGAGAAAAUGACAGUGGUGAAUCCAAUACUGAUGAUUCAUCUAUUCAAGAUUCCAGAAAGAUGAAGAAGAGAAAACAUCAUCACCACCACCACCAUCAUCAUCACCGAAGGAAACAUAAAUUAAUUGAGGGCGAAAAAGUAAGAUAUGAUGAGCGAGAACGAUUUGAAGAUCAUCCCUCAUUGCGACAUUCUCACAGCUCUCAUAGAAGACAUGGUGAAGAGCGAAUACGGUUGAAGACUGAGGAAAAUCCACAAUACUCAGGAAGUUCAUCAAGACAUAGACAUCGAGAUGAUAGUGAAGAUGGAAUUAGACAUCACAGGAAGAGAGAGGGUGAGAGUCAUCACAGGAGAGACGAACUGUCACGUGUGAAGAAACCUAGUGCCGAGCUUGAAGAAAGGGACCAAAUGAACUCUCGUAGAGAGAGGAGGGGGGAAACUCGAGAAUACAGAGAAAGGGGGUCUAGAAAUGGGGAACAAAAUCCCAUACCUGCUGACCGUCCAAUCAAGCAAGAAAAAGGGACCCCAGAGCCAGAUUAUCAAUGGGGAAAACAAACCAAUACAGCGGAGAACAAAAACGAUCCACCUGCAGAUAAGGCAAAACCAAACUUUGGUUUAUCAGGAAAACUUGCUGAAGAGACAAACACAUUUAAUGGGGUUGUGCUAAAAUAUAGUGAACCACAAGAAGCUCGUAAACCAAAGAGACGAUGGAGAUUUUAUCCGUUUAAAGGAGAUGCAGGUUUACCCAUUUUGUAUCUUCAUCGACAAAGUUGUUACCUUAUUGGACGUGAUCGCAAAGUUGCAGAUAUUCCAGUGGAUCAUCCAUCAUGUUCAAAGCAACAUGCUGCCUUGCAGUAUCGAUUAGCACCAUACAAACGAGAUGAUGGUUCCACUGGUCGACGAGUGAGGCCAUAUAUUAUUGACCUCGAGUCAGCUAAUGGAACUUAUGUGAAUAACAACAAGAUAGAACCCAAAAAGUAUGUCGAACUCUUGGAGAAAGAUGUGGUAAAAUUUGGCUAUAGUUCACGUGAGUAUGUGUUGCUUCAUGAGCAUAGUAAAGAUGAUGAUCUGGAUGAUGAUAUAGUUGCAAAUGAGUAAACUAAGAUAAAAAACAAUGUAGUAAGGCGUAAAAUUUCUAUAAAUUAUGAAUUGAAGUUUUACCAAAAUAUUAUUUAUUCAUUUAUUUCAACAUUUGUUGUUAGUGUGGUGUACAUAAAAUAAUUUUACAAGUUUGUGAUGGAAAUAAAAAUUUAAAAAUAACUUGAAAAUAAUGCUUUGAUUGUUACUUUUUCUUCUGUUGUCGAAACCCUUGCACUAAAAUUUGUAAGUGUUAUAACAAUCAUUUAAUAAUAGGAUAAUAGGAAGAAAAGAAAUCUGUUGAAUGUUCAGAAGUUGUGAGUGCACAAUUAAUGAAGACUUCUUGACCGUGUAAUUACAUUGUUAUUGGCUGUUGGCAUGCUUAAGGACAAAAGAAUAGUCUUACACUGAAUUUGUGUAAGUCAGAAAUAAUUCUUUACUGAUGAUUUAAAUGUGUUUUUACAAUUCUGUUGAAAGUAAUUUCUUAUUUGCAAGUAUAUGAAUUGUGAAAAAUGCAAAGCAAUUUAUAUAAAAGUAAGAGUUUUUUUGUUUUCUGGAAAGGACAAGUUACGAUAUCAAUGUUGUAUGGAAGCCACUGUCAUAUGAAUGGAGUAAGUUUUAUUUUCUGAGAUAUGUUACAUUACAUGAUAGAAGUUUAUGAGUUUAAAUGUACUAUACAUUAGCCGUUAUACAAAAAAUGAUGGUGAAAUUCAUUGUGAUGUGCAUCUUGAAUUUGUGUUUUUCUUGCCAUAGAAUAUGAAUUCAUAACUCGUCACGUUUACAACUUCUUUUCACAUUGGUUUAUAAUGAACCUUUUUCAGUUUUGUAACGGAACAGGUAAAGUGAUACCACUCGUUUAUGGAACAAAUUGCUGAUUGACUAUUAGUGGAGAACGUGUUUAACUGAAGUCUUCUGGUUGUCAGUCUACAAAUAAAGUUGGUGUUGUUAGCAGUUGCAGUAUUUACUUGAAAUUGAACUUGUGUUUGUCAGAUUUGAAGUAUGUGGCAUGAAAAUAUGCCACAAUGAAGAAUGGUAUUUUGACAUUUGUGUGUAUAGAUCUUGUAAAUUUGUGACCAGAUUUUCUGGUGCUGUGGCAAUGUUCUUGUCGAUUAACUUAGUGUGAAUGAUGUGUUUUUGGGGCAAUUUACCAUUAUAAUUUUUGUGGAGAAUGGGAUAGACAUUUUACAAAUAAGCUCUCAUUGUGACGGAAUCACAAUAUUGAUUUUGUCUUUUCAGACUAUUGACAUUUCUAUUUUUAUAGCUCAAUUUCUGAUAAGUUUUCUUAGCCUCAAAAGAUGUAUUUUUCAUGUUUCAGUAUGUGUGAUGCUCCUCCAUUUGUCAGCAUAUGUUUGGCCUACAUUAUAUGUCUAAAUUUAGUCUUCAUUUGUUUGAAAUAAUCUGUCAAAGCUCACAAUUCUAUGUAAUCACUCAAAAGGUGAUACAGUAUUUUUUUUAGUUCUGAUAACAUUCACUCUUAAUGCAUUUGUUGUAGACAGGAUUCCACUUUGUAUCAAAGGUUCAGUAGAGUAAGAGUAUGUAGAAAAAAAGAUCUGUAUUUGUAAACUAAUGUUAGUGUUGACUGUCUUGAAUAUUCCUCAGGAGACUUUGUAUCAUUCAAACAUUCUACUGUAAGAAAUCCCAGAAAAUACAUACUUUUGUUACUGUUUUCCUUGUAUCAUUAGCCUGUUCAUCCUCUUUGGUGCUUUUCUAAUAACCAAAAUACUGAUUAGGUUUAGUGAAUAUAUACAUUUUUUUGUGCCCAGAAUGGAUUCAAAGAAGUAUAAUAGUAUUAGGAUACCAUCAAACCUCUACAACAUUGCUUUUUGCCAUUUAUACAACAAAAAUUACACUGAAUUUCAAGGAAUUAAUUAAAUUGUGCCAAAUGUAGGGCUCUGUCAUGUAAUACUAUAUAAAUUCUUGGCUAUCCAGGAGACGCCGCAUUGUUGGCUGAGAGG